CUCCGCAAGUCGGCGCUCACACUCAGAGGAGAUUCCUGGGAGCCGAGUGUGUGUUUCUGCAGUCCCGUGUUUGUCUAACAUUAGUAGCUAGCUAGUUAUACGACAAAUUAAGUAAUAAUGUUUACACUUUCGGAGCUCAUGUUCCUUCUAGCAGUCUUCUCUGCCACUGCGUCUGGCUACUUCGUUAGCAUAGACGCUCAUGCCGAGGAGUGCUUCUUUGAACGGGUCAACUCAGGCACCAAGAUGGGCCUCAUGUUUGAGGUUGCCGAGGGAGGCUUCCUUGACAUCGAUGUGGAGAUUACAGGACCUGAUGGAACACAGAUAUAUAAAGGAGACAGAGAGUCCAGUGGAAAGUAUUCUGUUGCUGCUCACAUGGAUGGAACCUACAAGUUCUGCUUCAGCAACAAGAUGUCCACGAUGACUCCCAAGAUCGUCAUGUUCACCAUUGACAUCGGAGAGGCCCCCAAGGGAGACGGCAUGGAAACAGAAGGUGAUAGCGAAUCUUGGGAUGCCCACCAGAACAAGCUGGAGGAGAUGAUCAAUGAGCUAGCGGUGGCCAUGACGGCGGUUAAGCACGAACAGGAGUACAUGGAGGUCCGAGAGAGGAUACACAGAGCGAUCAACGACAACACAAACAGCAGAGUGGUCCUGUGGUCUUUCUUUGAGGCACUGGUUCUGGUUGCCAUGACCCUGGGACAGAUUUAUUACCUGAAGAGGUUCUUUGAAGUGCGGAGAGUUGUCUAAAACAAUUUAUGAAUCUUUUUUACAAAGCAUUUCAUCUCUCACCGGAAACAUUAUAUGUGCUAUUUACAUCAAGAUUGGAAAUGAUCUCACUACACCUCUGAAAAGCCUUUAAAUACAUAUUCUAUUUCUCGAAAGCCUUUCGAUAUACUUUCAGUUUCUUUCUUUUGGUUGCUGAGGUCCCUCUUUGUUUUCCAGUUUCAUUUGUACUUUCUUCUUCGGCUUAGUUGAUGGUACCAUUGUACGGUUUUUGAUCACUUGCCUUUUUAGUUCUUCAAAUUAAGGUUUUGGUAACCUUCACCAAUGAGAUUCCCCUCCUGAUGCCAUGGAGGACGUUUUUAAUUUAUUUUGACUUAAUCCUGGCAGCUUUUGAGUUCAUUUGAAACCGCUGGGAAAACAAACUUGUAACAAUGACAUGAACUUUCUUCCUGCAGUAUUUGCGAAUGGCAUGCAGCAGUUGCAGUCACACUGGAGAGAUGCAAAGCUAGCUCUGGCAUUUGUGGGCUGGGUGAUUUGAACUGAUGCAAAUUACAUCACAAGUCUACAUUCAUUUGAUGGUUGGGAGAAAAGGUUGUCAUUGUGCUUGAUGCUUGUGUAACAUUAUUCUUGACAUAUGGGAAGGUUUUCGGAACAACUUGGGCGGUGCCAAGACACACCCGAACAUUCUGAUUGGCCAUGCCUGUAUCAAGUGACCUCCUGGGAAAGAAGCAGAGCUGUACAGACUGCCACCCUAUGAGUUCUACAACUCGCAGCUUUUAUGGAGGAGUACAAGGAAAGUUGGUUGUUUUUAUCAUUCAAGGCACAUACUAUAUGCAUCUGAGAAUGUUUUGUGUAUGGGACGGGAUGUUUUUCUCCCAGUUUGUUCCCAAUGGGAUAAAAGAAAAGUUUAAUGGUGUGUGUGUGUGGAUCAAGACAAUGUUGUGAGUGGUGUAACUUUUUGGUCUAAUAAGAAAAACAUUUAUCAAAUGACAACACCAUUUUUUACAGUUAAUUCCUGGUUGGUUAAGGAAGGUUUGAUUAAUUUUUGGAAUGGGUAUCUGUGGUUAGUAAAUGAGUGGGUUGACUACUAAAUAAUACAACAAAUUUUGUGCAACAGAAGACAACUUGGACAAAACUGUAAAGAUGUAAAGUUAAUGCUGUGUGUAAAAUAUGA